AUGGCGGGCGAGGGAAUUGGGGUUCUGGAGCUGGCCGCCCAUUUGCCACCUGGGCAAGAGCAGGAUGUGCACCUCGUCCAGGCAUCCAGCGCCCCUGGAGCUGGGGCACAGGGAUCCUCCAACCCCGCAGCCAGCCCCGGGACCGCAUUGCCUUCCCCAGAAAACACUGGAGAGGCCCCCACCUCCAGCGUCCUGAGCCCGGAGGGCAGUAUGCAGGGAUGGGGGACUCAGGUGGGGACCGGAGGGAAGGCCCAGGAAGUGACGACUGAGGAGGCCACUGCUGUGGAGGUGGGGGAGAAGCUGGAGUGGGUUGCAGAGGCCCAAGCAAACUUGGGGAUUCUGGACCUAGGGGCCCUUAUCGUAGACCCGCUGGAGGCCAUCCAAUGGGAGCUGGAGGUCAUGAGUGCCCAGGCUGACGGGGCCUACCUUCCGCUGGAGCGCAGGUUUGGGAGGAUGCGCCGUUUGCACCUAGCCCGCCGGAGCUUCAUCAUUCAAAACAUUCCAGGCUUUUGGGUCACUGCCUUCCUGAACCACCCACAGCUGUCAACCAUGAUCAGCCCUAGGGAUGAAGACAUGCUUGGCUAUUUGAUGAAUUUGGAGGUGAGGGAGCUCAGACACACCAGAACAGGUUGCAAGUUCAAGUUCCUGUUUGGGAGCAACCCCUACUUCCAAAAUGAGAUGAUAGUGAAGGAGUAUGAGUGUAGACCUUCAGGCCGGGUGGUGUCCAUGGCGACUCGCAUCCGCUGGCACCGAGGCCAGGAACCUCCGGCCUUGGUGAACAGGAACCGUGAUACCAUGCGAAGCUUCUUCAGCUGGUUUUCACAGCAUAGCCUUGCAGAGACUGACAGGGUGGCCCAGAUCAUUAAAGAUGACCUGUGGCCCAACCCUUUGCAGUACUACUUACUGGGGCAAAGGCCCUACAGAGCUAGACCAGGCUUUGCAAGGUGGUCGCCAGAGGCUCUACGUAGGCCCUAUGCGUUCCAGUCUGGCUAAGUCCUGCUCCAAUACAUGGCGCCUCCAUAGGACUACUCCUCUGCCUGUGAGCCUACCUAUGUUCAUGUCAGAGCUCUGCUGUUUGCUUCCUCUCUUGUGAAUUCUGGCUCUUCAGCAUGUUUGGUGGACUCAGGGCCAAAGUUGUGACAUUGUGUGAUCUCAUAUGCCACUGCAUUUAGAGUGGGCACCCAACGCUAUGGACUUGUACUA